AUGUACGACAUUUCCCCACAUGAAAUUGCCGGCGUUCGUUAUGGCAAGUGCAAAUGGUUCAAUGUGGCCAAGGGAUGGGGUUUUCUGACACCCAACGAUGGAGGCCAUGAGGUGUUCGUACAUCAGAGCAUAAUACAAAUGUCCGGCUUCCGUUCACUGGGUGAGCAGGAAGAAGUCGAAUUCGAGUGUCAUUUAACCGAAAGGGGUCUUGAGGCCACCAGGGUCUCUGGAAUACAAGGUAGUGAUUGUCAUGGCAGUACAUUUCGACCGCGCAGCAAGAAACGUCAUCGACGUGUACGCUGCUACAACUGCGGCGAAUUUGCCAAUCAUAUUGCCUCGAAGUGUCAUCUAGGACCCCAGCCCAAACGUUGUCAUCUAUGCAAGCAGGAUGAUCAUCUGUUUGCCAAUUGUCCAACUAAGAAGAAUCAAAAUGUGGAUCAAUCCAGUGGUAAUCCUGAUGAAGAAAAUUCCGGCGCUGGUGGUGGCAACGAAGAGGAAAAUGUGGCCAAGGAUCAGAGUUAACAAAGGACAUGGGGAUAAGACGAAUGGAAUUGGAUGAGGAAUAAUGCACAUUUAUUGGCAAUUUGGUGCCAUACUUUUUUUCUAUUGUAUAAAGAGGCUAUACGAAACGAAUGUACAAUUUUUUAGGAUUUUAGACUCAUAACACUCGUUUAUUAAAUUUUAAGAA